AUUGAUGAUGGCUGUGAUACAGACAGUUGAAAAGUAAGAUCUCUGCAACUGUGUCGUCCAUACACACUUACAAUCAUCCACCCUUCUGACCAACGGCAGGAUUUGGAAACAUUCAUCACAAACUUCGGUUUGAACCUCAACCAGACUGAUUGUUGUUGGGUGUAGGAGUUAGCCGCCCUCUCACAAAGCAAUAAUCCAUUCAGGAGGAGGAUGAAUUUUCUCCCUUUGCUGUCACGGGUGUGCUGCGUCGGCGCGUUGACGUCAAAUGAUGUUUAGCAUAAAACCUCAAGCAGCCCGAUCGCACAGACAUUGCUGGCCUCCAGAAACCAGAUAUUGUUAGAGGCAGCAUACAAUGGCGCAGAUAUGAUUAAGACAUUAAGAUUCUGCAUUAGGAGGAAUCCCUCUGAAACCAAGAUCAGGAGAAAUGUCUUGCCAAGCACCAUGAAGGACAGCACACAGACUUUCCCUCCUUUUUUUUCAAGAGCUGACCAUGGCUAGGCUAGGACCUCAAAGUUGCAGCCAUGAAGGAUGUUUGAUGGAUUUGUUUAGCAUUUUCUUGAAACACUUGAAGCCUACAAAGUGCCUUCUCAUCAGAAGAGGAUUUAAUAAUUGUGUUCAAUAGUUGGAUAAAUGCUGUGCUGGUACCUCUUCAGCCAGACAGCUUUCAUGUGAAGACAACAAUAUGGACACAGGCAAGUAUUUCUCUCCGCGACUUCUGGAUUACCUUGUCAUAGCUGGCAGCCGGCAUCCAAAUAGCAACAACCAUGUCUCACAGACUCCAGAGCUGUUACGACGCUAUCCCUUGGAAGACCACAAAGACUUUGCCCUGCCUAAUGAUGUCAUCUUUUUCUGCCAACCAGAGGGGUGCAUCAGUGUUGGACCAAAGCGCAUGAGCCUCAGAGAAACCACUUCUUUUGUCUUCACGUUAACAGAAAAGGAUUCUGGCAUUGUUCGCUAUGGAGUAUGUGUCAACUUUUAUAGGCCUUUUGAAAAGCGCAUGCAUUCAUCAGAAUGUUGGCAGAAGGUGGAUCGUUCGUCCACAGGUAGCACUCACUCUGUAGAAACAUUAAGUUCAUCAGAAUGUGACCGUCCACGCUCACCAAGGGCUCGGCGAAAGUCAAGAGUCCGCAACAACACCUUGACCUCACUAUGCAUCAUCAGCCACCAUCCCUUUUUCUCCACAUUUCGAGAGUGUCUGUUUAUUCUUCGUCGCCUAAUUGAGGCCUGCCAUGAUCGUAGCUGUGUACGGAGGGUUGGAGGAUCCAAAGCUACUGCCAGGGACACAGUAUGGGGGGUGCUGACAGGUCAAACCAGUGAAAAUAUUUCUACACUGGUUAUGCAUGAAGUUCGUGAGAUUGAAACAUGGAUUCUUCGACUGCUCAGUGCACCAGUUCCAGUACCAGGCAAGACACGUGUAGAGGUGAAUGUGCUUCCCAAGGAGCUGCAGGCACCUUUGCUGUUUGCACUGCCAGACCACACUCGAUUUAGCCUUGUGGAUUUCCCUUUGCAUUUGCCACUUGAGCUGCUAGGCGUGGACACUUGCCUGAAGGUUCUCACUGCAAUUAUGUUGGAGCACAAGGUGAUUCUACAGUCUCGAGACUACAAUGCACUGACAAUGAGUGUCAUGGCGUUUGUGUCUAUGCUUUAUCCACUGGAGUAUAUGUUUCCAGUCAUACCCCUUCUGCCAACUUGCAUGGCCUCUGCAGAACAGCUACUACUGGCUCCCACCCCAUUUUUGAUUGGUGUGCCUGCCAGCUUUUUUCGCUAUAAGCGGGAUUUUCCACUGCCUGAUGAUAUUUGGAUUGUUGAUUUGGAUGCAAACAAAAUUACUUCACCACCUAACGCAGACCCACUGCCUCCACUUCCUGAACCAGAAUGCACUGGUCUCAAAACACACCUUAAACAGGCUCUGGCCAGCAUGAGUAUGACUCCACAGCCUAUCAAAAAUCUUGAUGCUAUUGCUCAGAAUCCAGAGAUGUGGCAGCGUCGUGAAAGUUUUUCAUCUCAGACUGGAUUUAACCCUCUCAUUUAUGGCAAUGAUGUGGAUUCUGUAGAUGUGGCAACACGUGUAGCUAUGGUACGCUUUUUCAACUCACCUAAUAUCUUGGGCAACUUCACUGAGCAUACUCGCACAUUACGGCUCUACCCACGGCCAGUAGUGGCCUUCCAACUGUACAGUUUUAUGAAGUCACGGCCACAGCGCACACAUUUCACUGCACGACUUGCUCGCACCCAGGCAGUGGAGUAUUUCGCAGAAUGGUCACUUUGUCCUAACAAUCUGGUGUAUCAGCGAGUUCAGACAGCAGUUUAUGACCCUUCUUUGAUUGGUGAUAAGCCCAAAUGGUAUGCCCAGCAUCUGCAACCUGUUGAGUUUCAUGUGUAUGACAACUCUUCAUCGCUGGCUGCAGCUAUCACAUCUGUCAGUGAAACAUUGAGUGACGAUAUACCAACAGAUGAAAGUGGAAGUGACAGUGAGGGAGCAGAGAGCACCAGUUCAAGCUAUUCUUCUUUGUCUGAUCUUAUUGCGGAAAUGACCAACAGUGAGAUUGAUGGGGAAACACCUUCCUUUGUGCCUGAGAAUCAGAUUCUGGCUGUGGAUGAAGCCAAGGUGUUCUGUCCCCCUGACAAACUGCAUGUUCCUGAAGCCCCAUCCACCAACAGCGACUCGGCCUUCUCUCUGCAGGAGGACAGCGACAUGAGUUCCUCCGAGUCAUCAAGUGCAGCAUCCAGCCCUGAACCCCAUGAUGUGCAGACCAAAGACUCAGAAGAACAUAAGAUUUUCAGAUAUGAUUCAGGAAACAUCACGGAAACAACAUAUUCUCUAAGCAGCAUGAGUCGUACAGAUCUGCCAGGAAGUCCACACAGUCCUAGAAGUCCUGCAGCUGCCCAUCAGGUAUCUCCUGCACAUCUUGGUUCUCAAGGGAGUGUAAGAGGUAAUGUGCCCAUUUCUCAUGGGGAACAAUUAGAAAAGACUCAGCUCUUACCUCCACCACAAGGACACAGAACUCCCUCCCCGCGUCCACAUCUUGGGAGUUUCUCUAGUGGUGGAUCCAGCUCAUCCACCAAAAAAGGCUUUAGGGGAGGGUCAGACACUGGGUCAGAAAGAGGAUCUGGUCAGUCUAUUAUCUCCACCAUCAGCAAUGAGCUUACAGACAUUGCCCAUUCUGCAACCAAUACUGUUACAGAACUUUUCAGCUCCAAUAAAAACCCACCUUCCAAUUCCCAGCCAGUGCCAAAACAAGUCAACAAACCUUUUACACCACUGGGAAACCGGAAAGCUCUAGUAGAAAAGUCUGGUCUUGUCAAGCAUGCAACAAAUAUCAAACAAAGGGAUCAGCCCAAACCUACUGCAGCAGAACCAAGAGGAUCCACAAACAGUGAGAAUCAGCAAUUUUUGAAAGAAGUUAUUAACGGGGUGCUAGAUGGACAGGGUGUCAGCUGGCUUAAAAUCAGUCGCAUCAAAAAGCUUAUGGAAGAUGAGAACUAUCGCAACUUUGUAGUCUCCCGGCUGAACCGUAACCUAGAUAAAAAGGUGCCUGAAGAUGCUCGCCAUAUUGAAGAUGUUUGUUUGUCACGGCCUGUAUUCAAAGGCAUGCUGGGUAUGUGCAAAGCCAUCAUCUCAGGUCUUGAACACACUAUUCAGAACCAUGGUCUUGGUGGCAUGGCAUCAGCUUACAUGGUACUUGAGAUUGCUCACACACACUAUUGGGCGCGUGACAUCAAUUCUACCAAAAGUGAUGCAUCAUCAUUACAUGGAAGCCAAGAGAGCCUGCACUCCAAAGAGGAACUUUCAAUGCGGCCUGAUCUUCGACGGCAUUCUGAUGACCAGGUUGCAUCAGCUUCUAGCCUCAUGGCACCAGGCUUGUGGUCUCCCAUCAGCGGCCACUCUCCCAGCCCCAUCUCCCAGUACUCUGUUUCCCCAGUUGACCAUCCCUCCCCAUGGCCUGAUUACCAGGCAGGUUCAUCAGUUAUUGUGAACGGUGAUGAGUUUGAAAACAUUGAGCUUGCUCGACAAUCAUCCCAGGACCAAACACGAAGUAGCUUGGGCCCACCAGCAGAAGUCUCACCACAUCAUGUCCACCACCACCCAUCUCAUCAUCCUCCACCUACAGAAUAUCAAUUUCAGGGUGACCCACUAGGAGUGAUGACAGAUCUAAACCGUAACAUCGGCAAGUCAACACAGGCAUCAGCUUGUGACAUUGUCAUAACAGAUGCUGAUGUUAACAAUACCAGUGGUGACAUGUUGCGAGAAAUGGUAAAAAACAAGGAGCUCUUGAGGUCAUCUCGUUUAGACAAAAAAUUCAACAGUGUAGACUCAGAGAUCUCAGAAGCCUCUACACUUGUUAGCACAUCUUCAGACAAAGAAGGCGAGAAGAGUCGUGGUCGUAUCUCUCACCAGGCCAUAAGAGGAGCCAUGUCUGAUAGUGAGAUGGAUGCAAUGUCUGGUGUUGGCCGGAGGCGAAGUCGAUCUUCCAGUUUGUGGAGCAAUAAGAGUAACUUUUCAACUGGCUACCGCUACCAUGAUAGUAAACUUGUUCAUACAAGCACAGCACCUAACACAGAUGUGGGCAAAACCUACCUGUUUGAAGGACUUAUUGCAAAGGACCGCAGUCGCAUGUGGGACCAAAUGCAGUUUUGGGAAGACAUGUUUCUGGAUGCUGUGGCUCAAGAGCGAGACAUCAUUGGGAUGGACCAAAGGCCCUCUGAGAUGAUGGAAAGGUACAAUUCCCUUGGUGAUACUGAAAAGAAGAGGCUGGAACAAGAUGAGGACCGCCUCUUGUCUGUCAUGCUGUACAAUCUUGUGGGGUUCAUGCUUAUGAUGCGUGUUCCAAAAGCGGAGGUCAAAAAGAAGGUGCGGCGGCUGUUGGGCAAGUCCCAUAUUGGUCUUCACCACAGUCAGGAUGUGAACAAUCUCCUGGAUGUCAUCACACAUCUGCAAGGAAAUGAUAUUGAUUUAAAGCCGAUGGGCAGCAGGCAAAUGCAGAAACAGUCUUUUACCGUCCACUGGGGGACGGACAAUACUGGAGAUAUGCUGUUUAUGGAGGUUUGUGAUGACUGCCUGUUGCUGCGGAAUGUGACUGGAAUGAUUCAUGAUAGGUGGUGGUUUGAGAAGCUGGUCAACAUGACCUACUGUCCGAAAACAAAAGUUUUAUGCCUGUGGCGCAAGAAUGGUGAAAAGGUGCAGCUUAACCAGUUCUACACCAAGAAGUGCCGGGAGCUGUACUUUUCUGUAAAAGAAGCCAUGGAGAAAGCAGCAUCCAGGACCACUGGUCGUAUCCCAGGGCCAGAGCUGGGAGGAGAAUUUCCUGUUCAGGACUUGAAGAGUGGUCAAGGGGGUCUUCUUCAAGUCUGCAUGGAGGGCAUAGGACUCUUGCUGGCCAACAGCAAGGAUUUUGAGUCAUUUAUUGAGCUAAGUCGUAUCAGGAAAUGUUUCACACUGAAAGGAGGCAUAUUUGUGCUAGAAGAAUUUGAUUCCAAAACAAAGCAAGUGAUUCAGCACAAAUUCAAAUCCAGUAUGGCUAACGAAACAGCAGUAAUGUUCCACAGGAUUAUUAGUGUGCAUUGGGCCAAACCUCAGGACACCAAGAUUAAACGCUGACCAGAUAUGCUAUGCAGUGCUCUGUCUUUUCUCGUACAUUGCCGCUGGUAUGGAGCAACGCAAACAGUCAUGACUUGAUCAUGUCAGCCACACGCUAGCCUCAUCCUGCAGAUAGGGUUCAUGAAAGAGUUGGUAAGGAGAGGUGAAGAACUCGUUUCAGGAUAAUCACCAACUUCUUUCCACUGGCAACCCUGCUUCUUCAGUUGGCAUUUCCUGUGUACUUAGCUAUUGGGAAUGGAUGUACUCUGCUAACAUUGUUCUACCUUAAGUGCUCACCCUUAAUUAAGAUCUUGCUCAUUGGUUUAGGGGAAGAGAGUUAAAGGCCAGAGCUGUAAAAUGAUGAAUAUGUUACACAUUGCAAAUAAGACACAGUAUUAGACUCCGACAUAUCGAGAAAGUUGUAAAAAAAAAAGUCUUCAGUGCCAAAAGAAUGGUGAACAGAAGCAGGUUUUUUCCCUUACAUCAAAUUUCUUACCUUUUGACAAAGCUGUGAUUGAGAGUUUUAUCUUGCAGUUAUUACAAGAUAGUGGAGAAAGAACUAAAGUAAAUGUCAGUUAUGCAAAUGUUUCGACAAAUGCAAGAUCUUUGAAUGUAGGUUCGGUAGCAAGCUGAAACAUUUUUGGCAGUGCGGUUUCUUGUCUGCAUCCCACUGUGGAAGGUAUUAGAGCACAGUGACAAGGAAAAAAUGUAAAGUCUUCGCUGCUUGUGUAACACUUUCGCAAUACUUUGGCUGUGCCAGUUUAUGUUGGUAACCUGGUGGUGUUUUGUUGUAGGGCCCAGUUUUCAUAUACACAUGUAUAUCUCCAGAUUCAUCUGGGUCAGAUAAUAUAUUGAAAGUCUCAUUUUUGUGCUCAGAAUGCUGGAAAGAAGAAAGAAUUUUGAAACAGUCAUCAGGCUGAAGUUUUGGAGAUGGAAGAAAAAAAAAAAAAACAGCAAAACUUAAAAUAAAUGAAAAAAUGCAGCUAUUCUUAAUAUGCCAAUGGUCUAUAUCUCACCUACAAAACCCCUUGUCAUAGGGCUUGGAAAUCAUUGUUCCUUUCCAGAAGGUCAAAAACAGAUGUGAAAAUAAAUAAGAGAAGACAAGAUCUCUGCUAAGUAACAAAACACCACUGGCUUUACUUUGGUAAAUGGCUGAUCUCUUAUCCCCUAAGUGUCCUAAGGACUUGUUCUUGUCUUUACAGGUUUCUGGAAAAUGAUAUGGUGCUUCAAUGUGAAUUUCUUUUCUUAUAAAAGAUUUAUUCUUUUCGCUACUUAUUCAAAAAGACAGAACAGACUAUCGGAAGUCUCGUCUUCCAUGUGCAGUAUAUUUCUGUGAACCUUUGCCAUCAGCUAUGGCAAUGAUAAUAUGGCACUUCUAGUAAACCCACUAUUACACAAAUUAUUGUACAGUUACCACAUAAAGAGUGGUUUCCAGAUAAGAGAUAUGGCUAUUUAUUUUUGUUUAACUGCUGAAUAUACACAUAUUUAUUUAUCUAAAGUUCUAUUCUUACAAUGCCUGGAUGUUAACAAAUUAAAAAUUAUAUAAUGCAAAUCCCAGGCAUUGAAUGUAUGGCAUUUUGUUCAUGCAUAUUGUUUUUCUGCAUCAGAUUCAUCUUGAAUUCAUUAAGAAAGUGAAUAAGCUUACAUGAAUGCUCCAUUUAUUGCUUUCAUUUGGAGUGCUUGCAUGGGAGAGUGUAGGUGUGUACAUGCAUCAGGCAGAAAGAAAAGAAACAUUCUGAAUCUUCUAUUUGAAUGUAGACUUCUGGUUACAGAAACCUGUAUCAUAAAGUGAUACUUUUGUAGCAAAAAGUUUGGAUUUAUGCCUUUAUGCAUGUGCAGUGCAUAUACACUCAUGCCAAAGAGAGAGAGAAGAAGGUAUGCUUGUUAUGGGGUGACAGGUACUUGUGACUGUGAGCAUAUUUGCUGUAUCCAUGCCCAUGGUCAAUGUGAGCAUAUUUGCUGUGUCCAAUCAUAUGUACCUCACAUCUUGCUUGGACAUGCUGUCAGCCAUCUGGAUUUGAAUUGUGCAUCUGUGCUUUGAAUACAUACAAAGUACUAAAAUGUUAUUUACAACAUUGGUCAUGUAUAGAUGUCUUGACCGUGAAUUUCUGUUUGUGCCCUGCCUUGGUAUAUGUGUAAAGCCUGGACUAGACUGGAUGAAUUUGUAUUCAUCAGGUUUUGAUUUUUGUGUGAGGGGAGGGGGAGGGUUGUAACAAACACUGUUAUGUCCUAUCCUGUAGCUUUUUUAAAAUUGUGAAGAAUAGUGUGUUCCUAAGCUGGCUUGCCAGUUAUUACCCUCCCCCUGAUCCUCUAAUGUUUGCAGCCUGUAAUACUGUGAUUUGUGUAAAGCAUUAGUACAGUAGUAGUAGAUUUCACUGCAGCCUUCUUUUAAAAUUAGGAUGUAGACAGUUUUCUUAAAUCUGCUGUGUUGGAGUAUCUGAAGUUAGCAACCCACAUGAUGUAGCUCAUGCCAUUUUCUGUACUGUAAUGGGUUUUUUUCAGUCUGGUGGUGUCUAAUGAUUACAGAAAUUCACAUCUGUGCAAUAAAAUAUUUAUCACUUUUUUUGAAAUAUGACUUUUUAUAAAAUUCAAAUCUAGCCAAUCAUAUAAAACUAUUGCAGAAGAAAACUACCAGUUGAAAAGAUGUCAGAAUAAUGUAAGACACUGAAUAAUGUGAUAGGGGUCUGUAGUAAGAACGCAAAAAAUAUUAAACAUGGUUGGUAACCUUUUGUGCUUGAAAUAAUAUUUUGCAUGACUACUUAAGAAGGUCUUUGUGGCAUUAAUAGCAAAAAUGUCUCAGUAUUGUCUUGGAGGGAGGAAUUGUAAUAAUUAUAUUAUUCUUUGUUAGAAAAUGUUGUGUUUUGAUCACUGAAUCUUGACCGACUAGAACACAGAGGAUUAUUAAUGUUGAUUCACUUGAUUACAAAACUACUUAAAAAAAUGUCAUUGAUUGUAAAAUUUUGGUUUCUUUUAGUCAAAAAGCGUACAGUUAUUGUCUUGUUUUCUAUGGGUUAUUUCGCUUAAAUGAUGAUAAAUUACUGUGGUCCAAUGACCUUAAAUGUUUAAGAAAUUCAAAGGUAAAAGAGACUUUUUAUGUUGUUUUCUUAAAGUAAUUGAGAUGCUUUUCUACACAAAGACCAACUGUAGUGGGAAUUAACUGGUUUCAAAUGUAAAAACAUUUGUUUUUUAUUUUUUCUGCCUUAUUUUAAUUUCAGUACUUUCCCAAAGCAUGAAAUCAUAAAUGUUAUUUUAUUUGAUUGAUUAGAAUAUGUCGCUAACAUAAUAAAAAAAAACAAAAAACACACAAAAAUAGUGGCAGUUUGUAAACAAUUGAUGUCUUAAUUAAGAUUUUUUCAACUCUUUGCUCUUUCGCGAAUGCCAUAAAUAAUAAAUAGUUCAAACUACUAAAAGAAUUUGUUAGCUUCUCUGCAAUUGAAUUACUGAAUAUGAAGACAUUCCUAUUUGAUGGGUGCAUUUCAGUUUUAUAAAGCUUUGGAAUAUACUUUUCUUUUGGAAAGAAGUAUUUAGUUUUCAGGUGACUUGAAUGCAACAAGAAAAAGAUUUUAUUUGAAACUGAAGUUGGGUGAAUAAAAAAAAAAAGAUGAAAUACACGAGAUCUUGAAGAUCUACAGUGCAAAAUGUUCAUAUGACUGGGCAUAGCUCUGGAAAAAAUAUUUCCUAAAAUCUAAAUAAAGGAAAAAAAAUGUUCAAAAUGUAAAAGCAAGCACCAUCAGACAGAAAAAGGUAAAACAUAUGAUGUCACAAUUGCACACCCCUAAUUAACAUAUAUUUGGUCCCAGCUCUCCCACUGACAAUGUAAGUGUAGUCAUAUCUGUUUUGUGGGGUUUUUUUCAAACUUCUUUCUGUGCAAUGUAAUGUUUGUAGGCCUUAUCUCAAGAACAGAGGGUAUUCUUUACUUGGAUUUGUGAAAAUAUGCUAUCUUGUACAGAGCUCUGCCCAGUCAUUGCAGUAAUUACCGCUGUAGCAAACCUCAAUGUUAACACCUUUUUGUCAUGUUUUCAAUUUUAGUUAUCCUUUUCAGUAUAUCAAUGCUUACAUAAACAAUGGAAAAACUCUGUAUAUCUUUGUUCACUGUUCAUUUUUCCUGUUUUGAGAAGGUUGAGUACGCUAUUUGUGGUUCAUUUUGUGUUUCCAGGUGUGCAGAACAAACACACACAAAAAAGAAUGUGUUAACCACCGACAGACUUGCUGAAUCAGGUUUAAUUUAGAGGCUGUUUCCAUUAUCUUUCACUGUGACCAAAGGAAGGUGCAUCAGAGCUGUAAAAAAUCUCUUCAGCUUUAAAAUGCUAUGUGUAUGAAAAUCUUUUUGUGAUGGUUGUCUUGUAAAGCCACAGACCUCCAUGAUUCACUGCGUGGUUUAUGGUAGUUUUAGUGUGACUUUUUGUUACUUCUAUUUCUUCAGAAACUUCACCAAAUGCGUUUCCCUUGUCCUUUUACCAAGUAGUUCAGAUGGCUCCUUACAUGGUAGGAAAUAGCUAAAAAUCUUUACAGUUUGUUCUUCAAUUAGGCUUCAUUCAUGCCACACCAGUAUGCAAAAAUCCUGAACCACAGAAGAUGUAAGGGACAGAUACAACUGCUGUUGCAUUUAACACCCAGUGGGAGAUGAUGAUAUAAAUGUGUGAUAAAUAAAACUCGCAAAGUACUUUUACAAUCUAAUUUAAUGUUUGGGUCCAGUGCUCUUAGAGGUUUAUUUGGUUCCAAGGUCACCCCAUUAGAAAUUAUAAGCCACCCAUUAAUAAUCCUUUAGUCCUCUGCCUUCUAUAUAUUGUUUUCUUAUUUUGCAUGAUGACCAUUACAUUUUUGCUUGAGUGUUACAAUUAGUCUGCAUGUUUCUGGGAAUGUAGACAUCUUUAUAGGAAAUGUAAACUUGCCUCUUUCUACAAAUAAAUUUUGACUAGAAA